AUGGUCACAGAUAUCCGCAACUUCUUGGGAUUGGCUAGUUACUAUCACAGGUUCAUGGAGGGGUUUUCUUCCAUUGCCGCUCCACUCACCGCCUUGACAAAGAAAAAAGUCAAGUUUUAUGGAGCGGAGACUUGUAAAAAGAGCUUCCAAGAGCUCAAGGAUAGACUCACUUCAUCCCCGGUGCUUACCUUGACUAAAAGGGGUGAGAAUUACACUGUAUAUUAUGAUGCAUCUAGGAUUGGUUUUGGUUGUGUUUUUAUGCGGGGUGGUAAUGUGAUAAUCUAUGUGUCCAGACAACUGAAGGAGAUGAAUACUAUAAGGAUGACCAUUAGAAGGUUGGAAGAUGGAAGGGUGCAAGACGAAGUUUCUCAAGGUGGACUAGAUCCACAAGGAGUCCGAUUUCCACAAGGUGCUCAAGUGCCUCCCCAAGGUGAUAAUGUCCCAAUCAUGGGUGGAGAUAUUGAAGUUUCGGUUGUUCACCCGGACAUGAUUAGUGGGGAAAUUAGAGAAGCUUUACUUGCUUUAGCUAGAGCCAUGACUACUUAUGUGAAUAGGGGUAUUGAAACUAGAGUUAGUGCUGUAGAGAGAACUAUGACCUCCAGAUUGAGAGACUUUGUGAGGAUGAAUCCUCCUAAGUUUCUUGGAUCUAAGGUGGCAGAAGAUCCCCAAUAG